UGAUAAAGAUGGCGGUCCAUCAUACGAUGUGCUUUGUUUUUACCAUUUUAGUCCUAUGUAAUGCAGUCCUAUAUCCAUCGAUAUUCAGCAAUAUAUUCAGAAAAUGGUUUGGAUCAGAACCGACAGACGAAAAGAAGGAAGUACCGGACAUGCCACCACAGAUGAGGGGCGCACAGCGUAGUCCUGCUGGGGCAACAAGGCGGAUGGAGAUGGAACGAACUGCCCAACGUAACAUGAAACAUGCUGGGGAUCCUGCGUCCUACUUUGCCCAGCAGAAGCAGGAAGCAUCUAAAGGUCGUGGGGUCAUGGGUUCAGUACUUCCUCUAUAUGCUGUUGGCAUUGUGAUAUAUUUUGCAUACAUCAUGUACAGGAUAUUCCUGAAGGACAAACCCAACAAGCCGAAUGAGCCAGACAUUACUGCUGCAUGGGAAACAGAGAAAGAUGACAGCGCAAUCCUACACAGAGUCCAACAGGAACAGCUUCAGAAACAGCUAUCAGAACAACUGCGUGCUGAUAACUACAGUGGUAUCAAGAGUAGGAAGACUACAACACCUAAGACGAGAACUACAGCACCAGUUACUAAGAGCAAGGCUGCAUCUGAGGGUAGUCCAGAUGAGAUGACUGCCCUUAAGAAACGUCUUGAAGAUACCGAACGGUCCAUGCAGCGUAUGAUGGACAUGAUGAAUAAUAUGGGUAUUGCUAUGAGUCAAGUUACUGAGCAGCUUACUGGUACUGUACCAACUGGCUUGACUAACUCCCUCAAUACCCCAACCCAUGAGGAGGAGGUUGACACUGACGAUGAGGAAAGCAACGAAGGAGGUCAAAGGUCAAGUGAAGAGUUCCCGAACUCUGACCUGGAUUCUGAGGAGGACUGUCUACCCGAUGUGGACUUGACGAAAAGCUACGAAGGGAGAGGAGACGACUCCAACGAUGACGGAGACAACGAAGAUGUGGAAAUCAUCGGAGGGGUCGGUUUACAAGAGCUUGAAUCUGUGAGAAGGAGAGUAGUAUCUGCUAUCAGUGGAGAAAGCUAACAUGCUUUCAGGGUUUGUUCUUGGAGUUUUCUCUCUCUUUUACAUUAAAACUACCUGCUCUAUGGUUCUAAGUUUUUAACCUUAAGGCCGAGUCACACUGCAGCGAUAAUGAAAACUAAAACGAUGCAAAGAGAACGCAUUCUAUUGGUUGAAUUGCUCCACGCAGAAUGCGCCCCGGCUUAUUCAUUCAAUCGAGGGCAUGCAUUUUUAACGUUCUCGUUAUCGUUCUUGUUAUCAGGGCAUGUGCGACCGGGCCUUUACAUCGCGCCCUAACCCUUAGGUAGAUAUUCAAAAGUACCAAUGUGCAAAAGAAGGUUCCUGUGGGCACACUCUCCCAAUUCAUUGAACCGCCAGAACUUUAAUACUUAUCCAAUCCAAUAAGAAUGGUCUGCAAUAAGAACGCAAUUUAUAACUAACACAGAUGCUAUCUGUCAUAAACUGGUGUGUCUACUGCCACCUGGUGUCUUGAAGUCGCCAAUCAACAAUUGUAUACUGUGUAACCAAAUCUUACUGAAGAAAAGUCUUGGCUUUGAAUUUUUUGUUUUUAUGUUUAUCGGCAGUAGUAUGUAGAUCGAUAACAACUUUAAAGGUUGAUUGAUGUAGUACUAUGAGUGAGUACUAGCAUCCAGGACAAAGAAGUUGACUUUGUUUCAAUUAACUCAAGGUUAUAAAGUGCUAAAAUUGAAGACGCCCGAUGGGGGCACUUUGGCUGAAAUGUGAAAUGUGCACCAGACGCAAUUUCAGCAAGCGUCUUUCUUGAUGCAACAAUUGAUCAGUGCAGACUAUGAACAUUGUGGCCAUUGCUGAAACAUUUGCUUACUGAAAGUUUUGCAUUCCAACAAUAGAUACAGCUCCAGUGCCCCAUCUUACGACUUUGGCACUCUGAAAUCUUUUGGUUAGAAUAACAAGAUCAAAACACCUCGGUGUAGGAGUGAAACCACAAUUAAGGGAAUCAAUGUGUGGUGAAGAGGUUUCCAACUAGUGGUUUAAUCCCAACGUAGUCUGGUUCU